GAAGGGGGAGGUGGGUCCUGUCGGGCCGGGGAGGAAGAGCGGGCGGGCGGGCGACUCUGGAGCGGUUGCGAGAAGAGUAGGAUGCACAAAAGGCUGGAGCGCGAGGAGAUUCCAGUAAGAUGAUGGAAGAGUUCAUGCAAACCCAGGUGGAAUUACAAAAUACUAGUUUAGGAAAAGAGGUCAUGAUGAAUUCUCUUGAAAAUGAUCUGCAGGACAUAAUGGACAGGCUCAACCAGAAAAAAUAUUCGUCAAGUCUGAAAUUAAAAACAAAUGGUGACUAUUCUGGUUCUUAUUUAACUCUCUCACAGCCUUUGGCACCCAAGUCCAGCCCUGCUUCCAGUGUAAAAAGUGUGUCAUCUGUUACCAAAAUUCAAGCAAGCAAAGCAUUGGCUUGUGACAGCUCUUAUCUUUCAGACAAGAAUGUCUCUGCAAAGCAUAUGGGCUCCAUUUCAAGCACAUCUCCAUCCUUAAGUGGGUACAGCCUUGGGAAGAGAGACUUUGAUAUUUAUGCUACCAGAGAAAAUGAAAAACAGUUUGGACAUCUGGAUAAAUUUCCCUAUUCAAAGUACAGUCAUAAAAAUAAAUCGCAUGAUAAUGUCUACUUCCCAGGAAUCAUGGAUGGGCGGAAAAAUUCUGGAUCUCUUCUUGCAAUGUGGAAUGGAAGCUCAGGGAAUGAGACCACUCUUUCACCAGUUGGUGGUUCUGGAGCUGCCAGUAUGCCCUCCAGUCCAAAGCAGGGCAGGAGGAUGAAUAUUCAGGAUAUCCUGUCACUUCAGUCCAGACCACCUAAACAGAAGGACCCAGCAAUGGAAGCUCUAGGGUCUAGAACCAGAAAGUAUUCUGGUGGUUCACUAAGCCAUAUGGGAGUUUAUAGCCGUUCAUUACCCAGGCUUUACAAAUCAACAGAAAGUCAGCUCAUGCCACUAAGCUUACCCCCAAGAAGCUCCCUUGGGAAUUCCAAAAGGAAAAAAGUGAUAGAAAAGGAUCUUCUACCUCAAAGUAUGCUGGAUGCUGAUAAUUAUCUUAAUUUUUCUUCUUAUACCUCAGGGGUUUCACCAUAUGCAAACUUUGCACCUGAAACCAAUUCCUAUGUGAACUCGACUCUCAGUGUUCCUGCAAGUCCUCGCAUAGCUCGGAAGAUGCUUCUGGCUUCUUCUUCCUCCUAUGCCUCUGAUGACUUUGAUAGAGUUGGACUCUCAGGAGCCAGCCCCAGUAAUUCUUUCAUUCCUACAGAUUCUUCUGAGAGAGCAUUCCCUGUCAGAAGGAAAAUUUCCAGCAGUUCCAUGGAGUUGGAUGAAGCAGAGCUGGAAAGCUUGAAGCAGGCUCCUUUUGUUCGAGAGAGAAAGAAUAGUAUUAGCUCCAUUUCUGGAAGGGAUGACCUGAUGGACUAUCACAGGAGGCAGAGAGAAGAAAGGCUGAAAGAGCAGGAGAUGGAACGACUGGAGCGCCAACGUCUGGAGACCAUUCUUAACCUGUGUGCAGAAUAUUCCAAACCUGACAGUGAUCCUGCCACUGUUACAACAGUAGCUGAUGUUCAAAAAAUUAAUAAAGAACUUGAAAAGCUUCAAUUGUCUGAUGAAGAUUCUGUAUUUGAAGAUUCUCAGAUGACUCCAGAAACAAGAUUCAGAAACCACUUGCAGCCACCUGCUGGAGAUUCUGACUUUUCUGAAUGCAGUGACCUUGGUCAAAAUGCCAUGGGGUUCUUUUCCCCUAGAGGGAUCAGAACAAAUAAACAUUUCAGUGACCACAGGACAACUUCACCUUUACCUCCUUCUUCAUUCCUGAAGGGCAUUAAUGAACCGUCAUAUCUAAGUAUCAUGUCAAAGACACCAGAAUGCAUAAGUGAUGAACAAAGAACGUUGGAACUUACUCAAAUGGAAGAGCAGCGCAUUAUAAUACUGAAUAACAUGGAAGAACUUGAACAAAAGAUCAAAGAUCUAAGUGAUCAGAUGGAUGAAUCCUCCAGAGAGAUGGAUAUGGAAUGUGCCCUACUGGAUGGGGAGCAGAAAUCUGAAACAGCUGAGCUUCUUAAGGAGAAGGAAAUACUAGAUCAUUUAAACAGGAAGAUAGCAGAGCUGGAGAGGAAUGUUAUUGGUGAAAAGACUAAGGAAAAAAUAAAGCUUGAUGCUCAGAGGGAAAAGCUAGAAAAGCUUCAGGAGCUUUACUCCGAGCAGAAGACCCAGCUUGAUAAUUGCCCUGAGUCCAUGAGGGAACAGUUACAACAGCAGCUAAACAGGGAUGCUGACCUGUUGGAGGUAGAAAGCAAGCACUUUGAGGAUCUAGAAUUUCAGCAGCUUGAAAAUGAAAGCAGGUUAGAUGAAGAGAAGGAGAACUUAACACAGCAACUCCUGCGUGAAGUAGCUGAGUAUCAGCGCAACAUUGUCAGUAGAAAGGAGAAAAUUUCUGCUCUCAAAAAACAAGCCAAUCAUAUUGUCCAGCAAGCACAAAGAGAACAAGAUCAUUUUGUCAAAGAGAAGAAUAACCUGCUAAUGAUGUUGCAAAGGGAGAAAGAGAACCUUUGUAAUCUAGAAAAGAAAUACUCUUCCCUCUCAGGAGGAAAGGGAUUCCCUGUAAGUCCCAGCAGUCUGAAAGAGGGUUAUAUGAGUGUAAAUGACAUUAGUGAGCCGUAUGGUAAUUCCUCGAAUAUAACCCCUUCCACUCAACCCCCCUCUGCUGCUGAUGCUGUUCCCACUGAACCUUCCACAGCUGGCCUGAUGAGCCAGUCACAAAAUACAGAGCUAAGAGCAUCUCUCUGUUCUGGAUUUAUGUCUCCUCACUCCCUUUCUCCUCGCCCUCUUGCACAACUUUCACCAGCCCACUGGCCUGAGGUCAGGGCUACAAAUGUAGAGCCUAUACCUUUACCUGACACACCACCUCCUCUUCCAGCUAAGAAACACCGAAGGCAAUCACAGCACUUCCGAAAUCUAGAAGAGAGAAAGAAGCAGCACAAAGAGGGGCCAUACAUGAGUGAUACUUUGCCACGCAAGAAAACAGCUCCUUCUGUAUCACCCCAUUUCAGCAGUUCUACGCUUGGACGAAGUGUUAAGGCUCAUCUCCCACUUGGACAAAGCAAUAGCUGUGGCAGCGUCCUUCCUCACUGUAUGGGAACAACAACCAAAGAGUCCGAAUCAAGAAGGACACACAAAGGUUAUAACCACCAACAUAUAUGUGAAGAUCAAAGACAGAAAUCUCCUGAAUUCUACAGCAGAACUGCUUCUGAGUCGAAUGUAUAUCUGAACACCUUCCAUUAUCCUGAUCAUAGUUUCAAGGACCAUGCCUUUGACACUCUAAGCCUAGAUAGUUCUGACAGCAUGGAAACCAGCAUAUCUGCCUGCUCCCCGGACAAUAUUUCCAGUGCAAGUACUUCAAAUGUUGCAAGAAUAGAAGAAAUGGAAAGGCUUUUGAAACAAGCCCAUGCUGAAAAGACACGAUUGCUUGAAUCUAGGGAACGAGAAAUGGAAGCUAAAAAAAGAGCAUUAGAAGAAGAAAAGCGUCGUAGAGAACAACUAGAAAAAAGGCUGCAGGAAGAAACCAGCCAGCGCCAAAAACUAAUUGAAAAAGAAGUUAAGAUACGUGAAAAACAAAGAUCCCAGUCUCGGCCCUUGACUCGUUAUUUGCCAGUCAGAAAGGAAGAUUUCGAUUUACGUGGUCACAUAGAGACAGCUGGCCACAAUAUAGACACCUGCUACCAUGUUUCACUUACUGAGAAGACGUGCAGAGGAUUUCUUAUUAAGAUGGGAGGGAAAAUUAAAACAUGGAAAAAACGAUGGUUUGUGUUUGAUAGAAACAAGAGAACAUUUUCUUAUUAUGCAGACAAACAUGAAACUAAACUAAAAGGAGUAAUUUAUUUCCAAGCCAUUGAAGAAGUCUAUUAUGAUCAUCUUAAGAAUGCUCAUAAGAGUCCUAAUCCUUUGCUGACCUUCAGUGUUAAGACUCAUGACAGAAUAUAUUACAUGGUGGCCCCCACACCAGAAGCUAUGCGGAUCUGGAUGGAUGUAAUUGUGACUGGGGCUGAAGGUUAUACCCACUUCAUGUUAUAGUAAAAUGGUGCAGAGGUUCAUUGACAGGGCAUAAUGCAAUAGAAACCUCACAUCUAGGGGUGAAAAGCCAUAUUUAGUUACAUUUGACAACCACAUGACAGCAGAAACUCAAAAAUCUUCUAUCUUUAUAUUCCAACAUGAAACACAUGCUGUGGAAGGGAGCAUUAAUUUUUAGAUGCAUUGAUCACAGUCAUAGCAGAAGAAAAGAAAAUCUGCUUAAAAGGUUGUAGUGCCCCAAAAUGAAUAAUAGGAUGACCAUAAGCCUGGCACACAAAUUAUAUAAACUGCAUUGUUUGAAAGUGUUGAUAUACUCUUCAGUAUUCAAUAUUAAGAAAUGGAAGGUAAAGUUAUGAUGCCUAUAUUUAAUGUUCAGAAUUUCUGUGCAAUUUUAAUGUAAUUUUCCUUAUAGUAUUUUAUAGCAUAUUGCAAAACCACACUUUGUGGUAUGUUUGUCUUAAUUCACUGCAGCGCCAAAGAUUCACACUUUAUGAUGAGAUCUAGUUUCCAUGUGAUGGAAGAGUUUUCAGUUUUUCUCAAAUGCAAAUGAAGUGUCCAAAUAUAAAUACCGUUAUUUUUAUUUUGAAAAUACUGGAAAGAACCUAGAAGUAUGAAGUCAAUUUCAAAUGUUAGCACAAAAUCGAAUAUCCUCCAAGAGAAACUUUUUUCAAAGGACAGUAUGGAAAGAAAACAAAGUACCAUAUGGAAUGUUAAUCCAUACGUACAAGGGCUUACAUUCUGCAUUUUCUUAUUUCUUAAUUUCUUAAAAAAUCAAAACAUUCAUCUUAACAGGACAAAUUAGCAGAGCUAAAAACUGCCACUGAAAGGCCAGGUCUGUAUACUUCUUUGCAAUUUAGCAGCCAGUGAGACUUAGAUCCCUUUGAGCCCCAUACAGGUUUUUUGUAUAAACUACAAAGAAAGCUUCAGUAGGCAAUAACUUUAGUCACAGCAUCUGGAUCUCAAAGAUCUAUCACAGAGAAACAGAUGGGAGAUGGAAUAAUCUAUACUCCCAUGGGAAAGAUUGACAGACUCAACCAGUGUGCCCAUGACAGAUCUUAACUGAUCACCCUCCUAAUAUUGGUUGACUUAGAAACUAGAACUUGAAGCAAUUUCUAACACAGACUAGUUGUCAACCAAAGUCCUUGAACUGGUUCAGAAUUUUGAAUGCAUUGGUGAUGAAGAGGGUACAGACAUUUCUUUCUUAUCAUGCAAGCAAACAUGCUGUGACCAUUUGGCUUCAGCUUAAUGGGUGACUGAACAGAAGGAAAACUUAUUCCAUGCCAUAAGCAAAGCAGCUGCUGGCUCCAUUGGCCACUUCCAUAGAGCUGUGCUUUGGAUUUCACCCUCCAGGGUGUCAUCAUGGCAUUCUUUAUGUUCUCAUUUACUUUUGAGUUCUUACGUUAUAUUGUUCUUUAAUCCACCCAAGAUUAAUUUUCCUUCCCAAACAUACUUGAAGGAAGUGUUUGCUGACAUAUAUACCCCCGCAAAAUAAGCAUAUGUCAUUACAGUUUUCCUGAAUUUAGUAUAGUGAAUAAAUUAAUGCUACUUUCUCUGCCCUAAGAUUUUUGAAGAAUGUAAACUGGAGACCACAACUCAAUGACAGAGCACCUGCUUUGCAUACAAAAGGUCUCAGAUUCAGUUUAAAAGGGGUUAGGUAGCAGAUGAGUUUUGCUGAGGCACUGCCAAUCAGAGUAGGGGUGAAUAAACAGUCUUACAGAACAAACCUAUGGCCUUAGGAUGCUUCAGGUUCCCAUAUCUGAGGUCCAACUGAGGUUGGGCCUCAGAUCUGGGGAACUUGUCCCCACAGCCACUGUGGAGAAAAAUGUCUCUGCUGAAUCUCUGCGGGUGUAAGAAUAGUCUCAGAAAGAAGUGAAAGGGCAUUCUUGAGAACAAGGGAGAAGACAACCCAGGUCUACGAUGAUAUGGCACAUCUUGCCUCCUUCUCUCCCCUUCUAAAGUGCCACAGGCAGAGCGCUGAAAUUAUUGUCUAGCUGAUAAGCAAGGCAGGAAGAACAAGGAGAUUGCCUCCACACUCCUCUCAUCCUGCAUAGAUUGCCUGUAAUCCUCCAGUCCAGGGAUUUACAGGGAUUCAUUUUGGAUUGCAUCCUUAUCUGAUAAAAGGCAGCUUCCUAUGAUCUUAUUACAAAUUACUGAUCUCAGAUCAAGUAGGUCAGAUAGUUUGAAGAUCAUGAGAGGGCCCCUUCAUGAGCCCAGAAAAGUCUAUAAAGUUUUCAUGUGCUCAAGGGAUUACCUUACCUCUUGUAAAGAUUCUGUAUUCCUCAAAGAUUUUUUUUUCCAUUUAAAAUACAUCUUUAGUCUUUGGAUAUUGUAUUUAGAUGAAUGAUUGAAUUUUGAACUUUGUGUUUGAUACUCUCUUUUAAUAAUUUGACUUUGUAAGUGCCAUAUGUUUUCAAUGCAGUAAAGUAAAAUGUGUUCAAUGAAUUAUAAUAAAUCACUCUUGCAGAAAUGUUGUAUUUUCUAAAUAUGUCCUGUGUGAAGAAAGCUGACUAUUUUUACAACAUGGUGUAUCCAGUAAUGUGGUUACAAUAGUUCACAAAUGCUACAUAAUCCUAAAUGUAUUUACUUGAAAUACCAAGAAAAUGUGCUUAGAAUCAGGGUUCAAAGGUUGUGUUUCCUUAAAUUCAGCAAAUUACUUUGAAGUAAUACAGCAUAAGUAUUUUCUGCAUGAGGCUUUUAACCUGCAACUUUGCUGGAACUUUUGCUUCUGGAUUCUUUGUGGGAUUGAGAUCAGUUUCUUCACACAUGUUCUUUCCCAGUUUUUUACCCCUCUCUGUCUUUCUGAAUGUUCCAUUAGACUAGAUGGCACUGUGGUGUAGUGGAAUUGUGCAAAUAUAUCAGGGUUUCAUGCUGCCAUUCAUGGAAAUACCAGACUUUUCUGUUAGGAAAAAAAUGUUAUAAUAGUUCCAAAGCAAGAGAGAGACCCUGGAAGAGGAUGACAUCCUGUAAAACAUGCACAAAGUACUGUAACAGAGGAGUCAUGAGUGCCCAAUGAAUGCCUUCUGUGGAAAGGCUCUAAGACUUCAAUCCUACAUACACUUACCUGGCAGUAAAUCUUAUUUAAUCAGUAGAGCUUACUUCUGGACAGACAUGCCUAGGAUUGUGCUACAAAUGAUACAUACCAGUCAGAAAGUAAUUGGGAUUGGACUGGAUUUCAAAAUCCAUCUUAAUCCACUGUAGACUCCCAACAAAAGGAACAAAGUAUUACCACGAAGCCUAACUUGUGUGUUCUAAAGAAGACCGGGUAAAAACAAUAUUUGCAAUACGUGAUCAUGUAUUCUAGAAAUGAAUGACUUUGAUUUAUAUAAUUCCUUCAUUUAUUUUGGUUUUACUUCUAUACCAUUUUGCAGUUUUUAUAAUUGUUUUGUAUCUUGCAUGUUGUAAUAACAAAUAAAUGUUUAAAAUACC